UUAUUUAAUAAAUUUUAAUAUUUUGAUGAUAUUAUUUUAAAGAAUAAAAAACUUAGAAUUGAAUGUGACAUAAAAAUUGUCAGCUUUUAGAAAAUGUCACGCGAAAUAAAUAAUGGAUUUGAUGAAUGGGGCGGGUAUAUGGAAGCAAAAAUAACCAAACUUGAGGAACAAUUUAAUACAGCUAGCAAUCCCUUUAAACAAAGCAAUCUAUUUUCCGGUAUAUCUGUUUUUGUCAAUGGCUUAACGAACCCUUCAUCAAACGAAAUAAAGCAAAUUAUGAUGGUUCAUGGAGGAAUAUUUCAUCACUAUGAACGGUCUCAUACAACAUUUAUCAUAGCUUCUAAUCUACCAGAUGUUAAAGUUCGUAAUAUGAAUACCAGCAAAGUAAUCAAACCCCAGUGGGUAGUAGAUUGUAUUAAAGAAAAACGGAUCUUAGACUACACACCAUAUUUACUAUGUACAAAUCAGAAAACAUCGCAACCAAGCUUGCCGUUUCCUAAACUGAAUGUUGAUUCGCAAAGAAACUGUAAUAAAAAAAUGAAUAUGUCAAGUAGAAUAAAUAGCACAAUACAAAACGUACAUAAAAAUCCAUCAUCAAUUAAUUGCAACAAUCUCAACGAUAACAUAAUUAACAAAACUGAGAGUGAAAAUACUGUGACUGCUCGAAGUGCUGUAGAUCCAAAAUUUUUAGCAGAGUUUUAUAAUAACUCUCGUUUACACCACAUUGCAACGUUGGGCGCAGGAUUUAAACAAUACAUAAGUACUCUAAGAGAGAAUCAUAAGAACAAAGUUUUUCCAGCCCGCAACACUUUAAAAGAGAAAUUGCUUUUGCAACGAAAAUUACCAGAAGACCAAGAAAAUGAAAAGUUAGUUUCUUGCAUAAUGCACAUUGAUAUAGAUUGCUUUUUUGUAUCAGUAGGUUUGAAAAAGCAUCCACAUUUACGUGGUCAGCCAGUAGCAGUAACGCAUUCUAAAGGUGGGUCAAAUGCAAUGGAUAUCCAAAUACACCCUGAUUCUAAUCGCAAGUUAGAAGCAGAACUGUUCACACAACGAUUCGAAAAACACUUACAUAACAAUAUACUCAGUGAUAAAGUACGUAAUGGAUUUGAUUCGAAAAUGUCCUUGUCAGAAAUAGCAUCGUGUAGUUACGAAGCACGUAAAAAGGGUUUGCAUAAUGGCAUGUUCGUUGGACACGCGUUACAGCUUUGUCCAGAAUUAAAAACCAUUCCAUACGAUUUUGAUGCUUACAAAGAAGUCGCAUAUACUUUAUAUAACACAAUAACUCAGUAUACAUUAAAUAUUGAAGCUGUUAGUUGUGAUGAAAUGUUUGUUGAUUUGGUUGAUAUUUUAAAGGAAAUAAAAGCAUCUCCCAUGGAAUUUGUACAGGAAAUAAGAAACGAAAUUAAGCAAAAAACUGGCUGUCCAUGUUCUGCGGGGAUAGGAGCAAAUAAACUUCAGGCAAGAAUGGCAACAAAAUCUGCAAAGCCAGAUGGUCAAUAUUAUUUGGAAGCUAAAGAUGUUAAAACUUAUAUGACAAACAUAUUAAUUAAAGACCUUCCUGGCGUUGGGAGCUGCACGAAUUAUACGCUGGAAAAAGUGAAUUUAUUGACAUGCGGUCAUUUACAAGAAAUUUCUUUACAAACUAUACAGAAACAUGUUGGUAAAAAAUUUGGUGAAACUCUAUAUCAGUUUUGCCGUGGCAUUGAUAACCGUCAGUUAAUAUAUGAGCAGAUACGUAAGUCAGUAUCGGCUGAAGUUAAUUACGGUAUACGUUUUACAGAAUAUUCUGAAGUAGAUAAUUUCUUACGUCAGCUUUGCUCAGAGAUCCAUUCGCGUCUUAUAGCCAUUAAUCGUAAAAGUAAAUGUAUUACAUUAAAGGUUAUGGUACGUGCGAAAGAUGCACCGAUUGAAACAUCAAAGUUUAUGGGUCAUGGAGUCUGCGAUAAUAUUACGAAAUCCGUGUCAUUAUCCGCUUUUACUAAUGAUUUAAAAACAAUAACACAGACAAUCCUUACCACCAUGAAAGCUUUAUCAAUAUCUCCCAAUGAACUUAGAGGUAUAGGCAUACAGCUAACCAAAUUAGAUGGCCAAACAGAUGACAAAACGCCAUCGGAAAAUAUUAUUAAAAAUAUGUUUCAGAAACUAUCCGAAAAAGCAAAAUUAAAUGUCACAUCAAAAACAUGUCCAAAAACACCGAAUUUGGUUUCAAUAGAACCUAAGAAAGAGCAAGACAAUCAUUUAAAUCGCAAAAGGAAAUUAUUGAAAAACCAAAAUAAUGCGAAAAAUCUUCCAGAAUCUGCAAACAAAAAAAAAGCUUUGUUAAAACCGUGUGAUAUAAAUAUGUUACCUCCACAUAUAGAUCCCUUAACUUUUUCAGAACUACCAAGUUCUAUUCAAGAAGAAAUUUUGCGUGAAAUAUCUUAUAGUACACCUAGUCAUACAUAUAAUUCGAACAAUACUUUAAAAUGUGACACUAUUCGGACUUCAGAAACUAAGUUUUGUGAAUCAAACUCUACUGAACCAAAAAAAACUAAAAGCGAAUUACACAUUGAAAACAUAUUUGCUCAACAGAAUUGUACUCAGUUAUUACUAGCCUGGGUAAAAAGUGGGGAAAAGCCUGAAUCAUAUGAUGUUAAUUUGAUAAGUGAACAUGCGGCUGAAUUUGUACGGUCCAAGCAAAUUGAUAAGCUGUACGUGUUUUUAACAUAUCUGCAAAGACUUAUUAACAAUAAGAAGACAAUUAAUUCUAAUAGUUUAUGGCAUGUAGCUUUUCGAAACAUAGUCAAUUCAAUAAAUGCUGAAAUGGGGAACGUUUACGAGGGCAGAAAACUUGUUAUUUUAGAGAACCAGGACGUAUACCAUAUGUUCUCAUGUGGAAAAGUCAAAUUCGACUUGUAAGAGCACUGCAUAACUAUCAUAGACAUGCUAACAGGAAUUACGUAUAGUGUCGAAGAAACAAAUACAGAUAGCCAAGAAAAAAGAGACUUUGAAACAUCUGCUAUGUUUAUGUUUAAAAUUUUUGGGGACUCUACAAUUUGAAAAGUUGGAGUUGGAGGACAUCUUAGGAAUAAAGUUUCAAAUACUUCGUAUUCACGAAAAAUGAUAUCCUACAUGAUGCCCGUUACAAAUCUACACAAUGUUUGCGGUAAAAAAAUGGAUCGUUGGAUACAAGGGUAUUAUCGAGUUACCAUGAAGCAUGUGGUUUUGAGUGCAACAAGUCAGUCUCAUAUCUCUAUAGUUCUUUCCUUUGUAUUUAAAUGAUCUUCAUGUAAAAGUUCAUGUAAAAGAAAAAUAUAUGUUGAUAAACAAAAUAUACA